GAAACGCCAUUUUCUUUUGAAUAGGAAUUGGGCAUGGUGGAACUACAAUUCAAAUGAAAGCACUUGGAAAACACCCCAAAUUAUGUGUUUAGAUACUGGUAUUGAAAAACAAGGAAUAAUUUUGAGGCGGAGUAAGCAGUUUGAACACAAUGGAUUGUUACUUUUGUGGAGAAUUCAUCGCAGACGAGGGAAAACGAGUGGUUUUGCUUAGGUAGUCGUAGUGUUGUGGUCGAGAAUGGCCAAACCAGAGGGAGGAGUCCAGGAGGAGGCCAACUUGGCUGUCCCUUCCACAAAAAUGGAAGAAGAUGCUCUAAACGAUCCGCUUGAUCCCCAAAAUGCGGAACUCGCCAACCGAAUUAAAGGAAAAAAGAGCUAUUUUCAGAUCACUAGUGUAAAACAAGCAGACAAUUCUGGUGUAAACAAUGAAGAUAACGAUAGUAUGGACGAGCUUGACGAAAGUCGAGCAGACGAUACUUCAGUUAUUUCUGAUACAUCCAAAAGUACGGCAGAUCUAGAAAGAUCUCUUAGAAGUUUAUCACCACAACCUUCCAAUUCACCCCCACUAGAAGAAAAAAGCUCCAAAGCUUCUGUGCAAGAAAAGGGAGCAAACAAUGGGAAUGGGCCAUCUCGUUUCAAAGUAGUAAAAGUUGCUCAUGUUGAGCCUGUACUAAAGGGGAGAUGGACCUGUAAAGAUUUCUUCCAUGCACCUGUAACUAAUGUCAAUGUUAACGAAUCCGUAAAUACAAAGAGUGUAAAUAGUAUAGUUGAAAAUAAAAGUGAAAAAGAUGCUACAAAUUCUGAAGCAUCCAGUGCUGCUAGUUCUGUGCAUUUACCAGGUCAAGAUAUUGUUGGCAGUGAAAGUACAGGAACUACUGAUAAUAAGAAUAAGGUUAAUGAUACCAAAGUUGGAAGAGAUAAGAAAGAAUCUAUAGGAAACCAAUCUUCUAUAGAAGGCUUGAUAAAUGAAUUAGGAAGUGACGGACCAUGGGCACCGGGAGAAUUAUCGCAUGAUAGUGAUGGAAAACAAGGGUAUGUAUACUGGUACUUCGUGUUUCUUAAAUAACUUUGUUGUUUCCUA